AUGAGCCGCCGACUGCAGCGUAGGCAGCAGCGGCAGCAGCAGGAGCUCGAGCAGCUGCAGUCUGUGUCGAGUGAUCUGGACGUGGCGGACGGAGACGCGCAAGACGUCGCGGACGAGGACGGUGCCGGUAUGGCGGCACCUGCUCCCAAAUCCAAGUCGAGUAAAAAGAAGAAAAAGAAAGGCGGUAAAAGCACCAAUGUCAACGAACUGUCCCUCGAGGAGAUGGAUGCUCUGCUGGCGUCGGAGGCGCGCAAGGCAGCUCCCCGUGAAAAUGCGACAGUACCAUCUGCAGAGCCCACCAAAUCUUUGCAUGCUGUGCUCAGAGGUAGACUUGCGUUGGACCCGAGCCAACUGGACCCGCAGCUUGAACUGAAGCGCCAGUUUGGCGCUGCGGCCAUCAAAGCCUAUGAGCGCGAAAAAGGUCAUGGACCCACACGCAGUGGCGCGCGUAGCCGCGAGAACCGCGGCGCCGUGUUCAACUCCAAUACGCGCGCGCGCACUGUGCUAUGUACGCCUAAGGCCCAGUGGCCGGACCUGGCCCGCACAUUCGUCGGCAUGUCGAUGGAGACGUACGACACGCCGUCGGGGCGGGUGUGUAGCUGGGUGCACAGCCGCGCGUACAAGCAGGCGCAGUUUCAGUUCGCGCAGGCGGUCAGCUCUUUGGACACUCAGUCGUUGUACGCACUGAUGCGAGUGUUUCCGUGGCACAUCGAUACGCUGCUGCAGCUCUCUGACAUCUCGCGGUACCAGGGUGACCUAGGGCAGGCUGCCGACUUUAUUGACCGGGCGCUGUUUGCCAUGGAGCGCUCGGCGAGCCCGCCCUUCACGGCAGGGCUCACCUCUUCCACCGGUCCGCCGCUAUGUGACUUUUUGCGCGCCGAGAACCGCGCCUUUUGGCUCGCGGCUCACCGUAAUAUUGACCUGUUUGGGCGCCGUGGCACAUGGCGAACGGCGCUGGAGUGGUGCAAGCUUGUCUUUGGUCUUGACACGACGGAUCCCCACGGCAUGCUACUGUGGAUCGACUAUUUGGCGGUAAAAAGCAAGCAGGCCGAGUGGCUGCUGACCUUCCUCGAUGCGUACGAUGCGUGGAUGUGCGAGCAAACGGAGCAGCACAUGGACAAUGUGCGUGCACGCACGCCACUGGACCACGAGAAGGCCGCCGCCCAAGAGACGUGGCAUGGCGCACUGGACUGGAGCGUGGGCCUAUGCUAUGCUCGAGCGCUCGCAAUGCACUCUGUCAACAAGGAGGCCGGCCGUGCGGCGUUGCGCCUGGCGAUGGCGCGCCACCCGCGAGCGGCCAUUCUGCUUGCCGACAAGCUGGAUGUGAGCGUGCCGCCCGACGUGGUCCGUGCUCAUCCCAUGCACGGGUCUUACAGUGCAUCCAAGCCAGUGUUUGGGGAGAUGCUCGCGCACCUGUACGUGCACCGCUCGCUCAACCUGUGGAAGGAGCCUGCGCUUACGCAGUGGUUCCGGGACACAGCUGCCGACACGUGGGAGCACUUGGCGGCGCCGGUGUGCGAGGGCGAAGCGAGUGCGGUGACCAAAAUGGGAGUGUACCGACAUAUUGUGGUGGCCGACCUACCCGAGUCACUGAAUCAGCAGUUGGUCCGAUACUUCCCGCCGGAAGUUCGCAGUCCACCAGGCGGUGUCGAGACGUUUGACCCGCUGCCCCCCUUGGGAGGAUCCAGGUACGACGACGAAUACUUUGCGGGCAUCGCAGGGCAACUCCAGGACCGCUCGAACAUGCAGAUGGGGGACGUGCUACAGCAGCUGCAGCAUCUGAAUAUACAGGAUGUCGAGCAGGUGCUUGAUCACCUCGACAAUGAUACCCGCGACUUCCUCCUCCAAGCAAUGGGCCAUGCCAUACAGGAGGACGAGCCAACCACGGAGGAUGGGCGGGUGGAGCCGAGAGCCGCGAGCGAGGACAUGGCGCCUGUCGACGCGGCGGCCGCCGACGCAGAGGCCGAGGCGCCUGGCCCCGCUGCCGAAGCAAACGAGCCCAACAUGCUGCAGCGCGCGUGGAAUGCUCUGUGGGGUACUUGA